CUUGUCUGGAAUUUGUCACAUGUCGCGCCGAUCAGCCACCAGAGUCCAUUUCCAAUACCAAUAUACGAUAGUCAGAAAAUGGAGAAGUCAAGUAAAAUCGUCAUCGUCGGCGCUGGAGUGUUUGGCCUUAGUACAGCUCGUCAACUCGCGCUAGAAGGGUUUGAAAACAUCACUGUCUUGGACAGGCAGAUGGUACCUGUACCGGAUGGUUCGAGCUCGGACAUAUCGCGCAUGGUGCGCUUUGAUUAUGGUGAUGAAGACUAUUUGCAACUGGCCUAUGAAGCAUACAAGCGAUGGCAAGAGCCAAAGUACAAGGGGAUCUUCUCCUCAGCUUCUUUUAUUCUAGUCGGCAGUAAUGCGACCAACCAUGGCCGGUCCUGGCUAGACAAGACGACCGCAGCCCUCACGAAACAUAAGCUCCCGUGGUCCAAGAUCCAAGAUGCGGCAGCUGCACGACGAUCGUAUCCUGCACUGAGCGGAGAACUCGCAUCUCCAGGGUUCUUCGGCUAUAGUAACGAGCAAGCCGGAUGGGCAGAUGCCAGCAAAGCAGUCAUUCAGCUCCGCGAUGAAUGCAUCGAGCUCGGCGUAUCAUUCAUAUGUGGCCGUGCUGGUACCGUCGUAGGUUUUGAAACAGGUUCACAGCAAAUCGUCAAGGGCGUUAAAAAUCUCUCCGGCUCCUGCAUCCCAGGCGAUCAUUUUAUCCUCACAGCUGGUGCCUGGGGUUCAGGUCUUGUGGAGAUGUACAACUCGACACUCGCCACAGCGCAAACAAUAGCGUACCUACGCCUUAGUGAGCACGAACUGGAAAAAUACAAGAACUUGCCCAUGUAUGCCAAUUUCUGCACCGGCUGGUUCAAUUUCCCGCCGCACGCGGAAACGCGCAUGCUAAAGUUCGCGAUACAUGGGUGGGGAUAUACUCGCGCGCCAGAGACGCAAGAUCACGCUCCCAUCAAGGACAACAUCUCCUCGCCGCCCCUCGCAUCGCGGGCGCGCCCGAACUUCGUCCCCGCAGACGGAGAGCAGCGCCUGCGCCGCGGCUUGCGCGAGAUCCUACCCGAGCUGGCGGACCGCCCGUUCGAGAAGACAGCACUGUGCUGGUACACCGACACCCCGAGCGGCGAUUUCAUUAUAGACUACCACCCAGACUACGCAAACCUGUUUGUUGGCGGUGCAGGGAGCGGGCACGCGUUCAAAUUCCUGCCUAUACUGGGCGAAUGCAUGGUCAAGGGUCUGAAUAAGCAGCUCCCGGAACAUCUUGCCGCUAAAUGGCGUUUCCGGACGGAGUACAAGGACGACAAGGAUGUGUUUCUAGGGGAUGGGAGUAGAGGCGGGCCGGCGAGGCGGGAGCUUGAUCCCCAGGAGAAGGCGAGAUUGUAAGUCCGUACGUGCAUGGGUGCGGGGGAUGGUUCACGUACGGGAAGAUCAUGGUGAGUGGUCUGGGGAUUUUGAAAGAGUGGAG